AUGGCAGAAGAGAUAAUAACGCUACAAGGGAUAGUGCAGCCUAGCAAAAUGGAAGCCAACGUGAAUAGCGAUUUAAUUGAGUAUAUUAUAGGUGAAGGAAUUAGUGUAAUUUACAUAUAGCUUGCUUGUUAUUUGCCACACCUUCGUUUAUUCCUAAAACCAGUAAUAAAAGAAAAAAAAUGAAUUGAUAUACAAGAAAUCUUUAAUGUUCUAGAUGACGUAGAGUUCUGACGAAAUGUCAGAGAAGUAAAAGAUAUUUAGCUUGCAAAUGGUUUUGAAACUGAGAUAAAUGUCAAGUUAAUUAAGGCUGCGAUAUUUUUGUUCAGCAAAAAUAAAAUAACGUAGGAAAUAAAUAGGGUACCGUGGAUAAAAACAUAUUACAGCUCUUAUGUGUCAUUAGAUUUUGAAUCGAGGAGGAAUGGAGUUAAACAAGACCCAAGUUUAUUGCAGAAGUCAUUUAUAUUGGUUAAUAGGUUUCUGCCACUGAAGCUUAUAUCUUUAUGGCUGGAGCAUAACACCCCAAAUUUUAAGCAUAUAGGAAGAUUGACUCCUCAUGAGUACUUAUUCUUAGCUGCAAACACUUAUGAUAGAAGCAAACUUAUUGAAGAAAGGCUUUUUUCACAGCCAGGUUUAAUUAUUGCAAAAGAUUCAAAUACAAAUACAUUUAUCUUAUCAGAAACAGUUUCAUCUAACCCUGAUUUAGAUAAAAGGCUUGAAAAAAUCAUGAGCAGCCAAAUAAAUGCUUCAAAUGUACUAUUUGAGCCUCAAGAAACAAUCAGUGAUAGCCGAUCUCCUUAUAAAUUAAAAAAAUUUUUGAGAAAAAACAAAAAUCAAGUCCAAAGUAAGCAAAUGAACGAAUUAAGAGUUUUAUUGCAAGACCCAAAUCUUUAUGAACAGGUAAAGCAAACUUUAUCUAAAAGUUCUUCUAUUGUCAAUAAAUCGAGAACUAAUGAAAAUUUUUCCUAUCAAAGAAUGAGAGCUACUUGUGGAAUUUUGAAUAGUGCAAGACCUUAUACAGCUACAAAUCCGUUAAAAUCAAGAUCUGAGAAAGAUCUUAAGAGCAAAAGAAUGCUAUCUGAUUGUCAGUUGCCUCUUGAUGAGCUUAAUAGAACCGGAGGGCAACAUCAUAGAUAUAUUGUAAGUUUCAGAGAGACAGACAAAUCAAACUCAUCUUCAAAUUUAAUUAAAGAUUGCUCUGACAGCCAAAUUAGGCCUUUUUCUGCAUCUUCAACGGCAACAUUAAAAGGAGCAAAUCGUGUUGCUUCAUCUAGGCCAAUGACAGGUAGCACAAGACCCUUUACCGCGAAUUCGCUUGCUAAUACUUCUGUGUCGCUAACUCCUCUAAUAAUUUUUAAAAUUAUAGAGCGGUUUUUUGAUAAUAAAGUUUUUUACAAAGUAAUAUAUAUAAAAUUAAAAUCUUCACUAAAAUUAAUUUGCCAAUCCUAA